AUGGUGCGUGGACUACCCGCCGCCGGGGCAGCCCGAGGACCCUACCUCACCGCCGUCGGUCGCGGGCUCCUUCUCACGGCCCUCGUCGCGGCCGCUGCCUCGUUCCUCCCAGUAGCCGAGUCGUCCUGCCCGCGAGACAAAUCACUGGUGAGAGACAUAAGCCGAAUGCAGCAGAGCAACUUUGGGAGGGAAGGAUUCUCGCAUAUAACUGUCACCGGUGCGCUUGCUCACGGGAUGAAGGAGGUGGAAGUGUGGCUUCAGACAUUUGGUCCAGGUCAAAGGACCCCAAUCCACAGGCAUUCUUGUGAAGAGGUUUUCAUUGUCCUCAAAGGGAAAGGCACGCUCUUACUGGGGUCGAGCUCGCUUAAGUACCCAGGGCAGCCGCAGGAAAUUCCUGUCUUUCAGAAUACCACAUUUUCGAUCCCUGUAAAUGAUCCACAUCAGGUCUGGAAUUCUGAUGAGCAUGAAGAUUUGCAAGUUCUUGUGAUCAUAUCGCGCCCACCCGUCAAGAUGAAUAUUGAUGUGAUGAACAUUGAACUCUAUCGCAAGAUUGCUAGAUGUGCUAAAUACCUGAUGAAUUAUUAA